AUGAGUCCCACACCUCCAGUGACCCGGGGUGGGUUUGAAUAUUACAACCAUGAAUUCUACGCCAUAUCGAAUAAUAAGCCCUACCGUCGCUACAGCGUCGCUGAACUCAAGGCCUUCUUCUUCUCGUCCUCUUCGAAAACGUCUGUCCAGGACCAGCCUGCUCACUGGUACCGAGCUCAGCUCCUUCAUUAUGGCCUCCAGCCAUCAGAUCGCAAGGGCACGGCGAUGUUGCGACUUUUAGAUGCAUUGAAUCAUGACACGCUAGAAGUGCCUGCUCACUUAAAAAGGCUGGAGAAAGAACUCAAACAGGAGUGGAAUGCGAACCAGAAGAAAGCGAAGGAAACUUCUUGCAAGCCGGCAAAUCGCAAGGCUAAUGUUGCUUCUGAAGACGCGAUCGACGAAAAUGAUCUUUCUGCUAUCCUGGCCGCCGCAAGGACUACAGGACCUAGUUUGAACGUCAAUGUCAACCUUGGGAUCGUAGAGGAUAGAAACGGUCAACUCCCUUUGAAACGAACCAAGACUGAAGAAAAGCAGAGGAAGGAAGACAACUCCAGGAAUAAACCAGCGCAAAUAAAUUAUGGAGAAAUUCCUCAACAGCAACGGAUAACGCUCGGUCUUCUUAACGGAUCGUACAAGAUCGACUCGCAAGAAGUCAACACUCGCAAUUCAGGAAUGAUUCUCUGUCUGGACAGGACGAGCAUCUGGUGUGAAUUCCAGAUUGGUGACCUAGAAGGCAUUCUCUUUAUGCCGCAGCGUCCGUACCGAGUGACCUCUUCAGGCGAAGGUGGAUGCUUCUUCAAGUGGCGCGGUGUUGAUCAGGUCAGCGGCGAGGUUCAUGCAAAUCCUAGCUGCACUGGCGAGAUGAGGUUCCUUGGAAAUGGAGAGAUUGAGGGGACAUUCUACAACGUGCCCGACACGUAUACGAACUACAUUGACUGCCACUUCUGGGGCAAUCGCACGUCUGACAAGGAUGAGACUCGGGCCCCUCGUGAUGCUUGGAGUAUGAGGGAUGAGUGGCACACUAUCUGCGAAUAA